GGGUGAUGCUGAGAGCUGCCUGCUCAGACAACAGACACGCGAGGUCAGGAAGAAGCCGCUUAUAAAUUACUGCUUCCUUCGCGCCGCCGCCAGCGCCGAGCUUCGGGCCCUGGUUGCAGUCCGGCUCGCUUGCCGUCGCCGAGCCCUGAGGACUGCGAGCUCGGACACCCCGCCACACCGAGGAGCGCGGAGCGCGGACCCCGCGGGCCAGAGACCCAGCCGGCGGGCAGUCCCUGGCGAGUGGAAGGGAGUGCAGCGCCGCGGCCGCCCCAGGUCCAGAGCAGCAGCCCUUUCUGAGGAGCCUCCAAACAAAGCGAGGAGGAGAUGGCCACCAAGGAGAAGCUGCAGUGUCUGAAAGACUUUCACAAGGACAUCCUGAAGCCGUCCCCCGGGAAGAGCCCGGGCACGCGGCCCGAGGACGAGGCUGAGGGGAAGCCCCCGCAGAGGGAGAAGUGGUCCAGCAAGAUCGACUUUGUGCUCUCCGUGGCUGGUGGCUUCGUCGGUUUGGGCAACGUCUGGCGUUUUCCGUACCUCUGCUACAAAAAUGGUGGAGGUGCAUUUCUCAUACCGUAUUUUAUUUUCCUGUUUGGGGGCGGCCUGCCUGUGUUUUUCCUGGAGGUAAUCAUAGGCCAGUACACCUCUGAAGGGGGCAUCACCUGCUGGGAAAAGAUCUGCCCCUUGUUCUCUGGCAUCGGCUACGCCUCCAUUGUGAUCGUGUCCCUCCUGAAUGUAUACUACAUCGUCAUCUUGGCCUGGGCCACCUACUACCUGUUCCAGUCCUUCCAGUCGGAGCUGCCCUGGGCGCACUGCAACCAUACCUGGAACACCCCCUACUGCAUGGAGGACACGAUGCGCAAGAACAAGAGCCUGUGGAUCACUCUCAACACCAGCAACUUCACCUCCCCUGUCACCGAGUUCUGGGAGCGCAACGUGCUGAGCUUGUCUUCUGGAAUCAACAGCCCCGGCUCACUGAAGUGGGACCUUGCUCUCUGCCUUCUUUUCGUGUGGUUGGUCUGUUUCUUCUGCAUCUGGAAAGGCGUCAAGUCCACGGGGAAAGUUGUCUACUUCACGGCCACUUUCCCAUUUGCUAUGCUGCUGGUGCUGCUGGUUCGUGGGCUGACGCUGCCUGGGGCAGGCGCAGGCAUCAAGUUCUACCUGUACCCUGAUAUCAGUCGCCUCAAGGACCCACAGGUAUGGAUUGAUGCCGGGACCCAGAUAUUCUUCUCCUAUGCCAUCUGCCUGGGAGCCAUGACCUCACUGGGGAGCUACAACAAGUACAAGUACAACUCGUACAGGGACUGUAUGCUGCUGGGAUGCCUGAACAGUGGUACCAGUUUUGUGUCUGGCUUCGCAAUUUUUUCCAUCCUGGGCUUCAUGGCACAAGAGCAAGGGGUGGACAUUGCUGAUGUGGCUGAGUCAGGUCCCGGCCUGGCCUUCAUUGCCUACCCAAAAGCUGUGACUAUGAUGCCGCUGCCCACUUUUUGGUCCAUUCUCUUUUUUAUUAUGCUUCUCUUGCUUGGACUGGAUAGCCAGUUUGUUGAAGUUGAAGGACAGAUCACAUCCUUGGUUGAUCUUUACCCAUCCUUCCUAAGGAAGGGUUUCCGUCGGGAAAUCUUCAUCGCCUUGAUAUGUAGCAUCAGCUACCUGCUGGGGCUGACGAUGGUGACGGAGGGUGGCAUGUAUGUGUUUCAACUCUUUGACUACUAUGCAGCUAGCGGUGUAUGCCUCUUGUGGGUUGCAUUCUUUGAAUGUUUCGUUGUUGCCUGGAUAUAUGGCGGUGAUAACUUGUAUGACGGCAUUGAGGACAUGAUCGGCUACCGGCCUGGGCCAUGGAUGAAGUACAGCUGGGCCGUGGUCACUCCAGUUCUCUGUGUUGGAUGUUUCAUUUUCUCUCUCGUCAAGUACAUACCCCUGACCUACAACAAAGUGUACGUGUACCCCACCUGGGCCAUCGGGCUGGGCUGGUGUCUGGCCCUGUCCUCCAUGGUGUGUGUCCCGUUGGUCAUGGUCAUCCGCCUCUGCCAGACGGAAGGGCCGUUCCUCGUGAGACUCAAGUACCUGCUGACCCCGAGGGAGCCCAACCGCUGGGCUGUGGAUCGAGACGGGGCCGCCCUCUACAGCUCCCACUCGGCCAUGAACGGCACCCUCAUGAAGCCCACCCACAUCAUCGUGGAGACCAUGAUGUGAGCUCUCUCGGGCCGACGGCUGCUUUCCUGCUGUUUACUAACAUUAGAUUCUCAUAGGACCAGGUUUACAGAGCUUUAUAUUUGCACUAGGAUUUUUUUUUAAUUGUCACAGAAAAUAUUACUGUGUAUGUGUGUGUGUGUGUGUGUGUGUGUGUGUGUGGUGUCGUGUGUGUGUGUGUGUAUGUGUGUGUGUAUUUUGUGUUGAUUUGGGGAUAUUUUGUACAAAAAAACAAAAACAAAAACAAAAAAAAAUACAACAACCCAUGGGCAGAAGUCCGGGGCAAGGCAGAGCUUUCAUACUGAAUUAGAUGUAUUUUAUGGGAACUGGUAAAUUUUUCUUUGUAUUUUUUUUUUUUACAUAUAAUUAUAUGUACACUUAGAGAUUGUCAUACACUUUUACCACUUGAAUUGAUCUUGCCAGCAAUAGAUCUCGUUUUCAAAAGCAAUUCUUUGGUGCUUGUGUAGCUGGCAGAAAGUUCUGCCCCCUCCCUGCCCCCCAGCCCCCCCCAAAUAAAACAACGCAGGGUGGAAUUUUCCUGGGACAGCCAACCCAUUUUAAAGGUGUAGUACCUCCCAGACCUGGUUCAAGUCGAAGCAGGGAAAGGGCCCCACCCGCUGGCCAGGCCCAAGGGGCCUGAGAAAGGAGGGCGGUGAGGAGUCGGCUCAGGACACUUGUAACCAGGAAGAGAGAUGCCAAAAUGCUGAACCAGCCCCACAAAUAAAGGCGCUGACUGAAAGCUGACAGGUGAGGCCUGAUAACAAAAAACAGAACCCCACCUUUUAUUUUGAGGUCAGUGUAUUUGCUGAGGGACGAGGGGUGAGGGAGUGGACCAAAGGAUGUGGCCCAGGGUUCGGGUGGCCCGGUGUUGGGGAGGGGUGCUUUCCCCUCAUCUCUCCACCCUCAUCUCCCAGAGGCCGGGAGAAAUUCCUGGCACCGCUUGUUAAGACCCCAGCCCAGGCCCACGCGGGCUCUUCGCAGGGAGUACCAGGAGCGUCCUGGGGCCUUUAGCGAAUGCUUGAAUCCAGUAAAGUGCUCUCAGCACUCUUCCUCCCAGUUUAGUCACAAGUGCGACGCUGGGUAGACCCCGGGCGGCGUAAAACUCUUCACUCCACCCCCUCACCCCCCGCCGCACUUCCUGGUGUCAGAUAUGCGCUACAUGGGACCGAGAGGGGGCCGUGGGGGGGGGCGUUUUCUAGGAAGUGGGGUUGUUUGGGGGGCUGGCACCCCAGAACUGGCUCAACCAAGAAUGGCGUCCUCUCUGAACCAGCAGGGAAGGUACUCACCUUUAACAUCCCGGGUGUGGACACACCUCCACCCUAGCCCCCAUUUGGACCUAAACUGUGCCAUUUUAAAGUCACUUCCAAGUUCAGUCUAAACUAAACCGAAGCGUCACAAACAGCAGUGACUGCCUAGCAGGGGGGUGGAGGGUGGAGAUUCAGAGCAGGGCCUCUCUGAAUCCUGGAACCCCGCUCCCCCAAUCCGAGAGAGCAAGGAGGCUUAGCUGUCCCCCUCCCCAGGGGCAGAGGCCACUCUGAACCUCUUGUCUUGGUAAACUUUCACAUUUCGCUGUUUCCAAAGCACCUGCUCUGCCAAACAACACCUAUUCCAGGCCGUUCCGUUCCGACGUGUUCCUGUUUUCCUAUGUGUCGAUGGUUGCUGCUGUGUCUGAUUGGACUUUGUUGGUUUUUCCCCCCCUAAUUUUACCGAGUAGCAAUGUGACCUGUUUUCCUGUCUUAUGGAACUUUAGUAAACUAACCACUGUCAGCGAUUGGGGACAGGUGAUCAUGGAGCAAGGGGGGCUUGGCACGCUGUGGCUACCUGGGCACCUGUGGUCAUUUCAGGCUACACACAUCUCCCCUCCGGGGCUCAGGUCCCCAGGGAAAGGCCACAGGGUGGCAGGCAAAUUGCAACAUCCUGGAAAGGGCCCGAGGAAGGCCUCUCCUUGUCAGAUUCCCAGACCAAAUUCCAGACCAAAGACACAUGCAGACCAAGUCCCCAGGUGCCAGCUGGGUGGAAGGUCAGCCACGUUCCCCAAGCCCACCCCUCACACCUCCCUGGGCACCCGUCUCCAAUCGCCACCCUCGUGUCUGCCCCCCUAGCUCUGGUGUAUCCGCAGACCUUGGCUCUAUGAGUACAAUGUGGAACAACGCGCGGCUUCUCUGUGUCUCCACAUAAAGGAAACUCCUUGGCACUCA